GGCAGAUGUAGCUUGUCGCAAGAAGGAUAGGGGGCCCGAAACAGUGUGUCGAUUGUCACAACACGCGUGUCUUUAUGGUGCAGUCAAGCAUAAUAACAGCCUGAAGACUUAGUCCUCGUUCAUCUCUUCUGCCAAUAUGAAAGCUAUCUUGCAGCGGGUCUCCUCCGCUUCGGUUACAGUUGAUACGAAACUUGUCUCCUACAUUGGACGGGGAGUGCUAGUUCUAGCAGCAGUUGGGCCGCACGACACUGAGAAAGAUGCGGAGGCUCUUGCUGCCAAGGUGUUAAAGCUCAAGAUGUGGCCUGAUGACUCUGGGGCAAAUUGGAAAAAAAAUGUCCAAGACAUACAAGGAGAGGUCCUUUGUGUGUCACAAUUUACGUUGUUCGCAAAGGUGAAGAAAGGCAAUAAACCCGACUUUCACGGUGCUGCGGACGCAGUAAAGGCUAAGGAGCUCUACGAGUACUUCUACUCCAAGGUUGGGGCGUUAUACAACCCUGACCGAGUCAAGAACGGCGUGUUUCAGGCAAUGAUGGAAGUUGGACUUGUAAACGAUGGACCGGUGACACUGGAACUUAAUACCGAUUCCAAGAAGGCGGAAUAAGCAUACGGAGUCGUUGACUAUUUCAAAAGCAAGCCCUAUAGACGACCCGUGUAUAUACAUAGAUAAACCCAGAGAUACCAAUCGCGUAGCAUAUAGAUUUACCCAAUGGUCCAGUGA